GCCAGGCCGCAUUUUUUCCCACGCUCCCCAUGGCAAUGGAGCGACGUUCGCUCGCCAUGCUGCCCUUGGGGCUUUUUGCGAUCCUCCUUGGGCAGCUGAGCUCGUGGUGCUUCGCUGGCAUUGGGCGAUUGCCUUCAAGGCGUGGGCUGCCGCUGUGUAGCGUAGCCGUCUCGGAGGUCACCACGGAGGUCCGGGGCAAGGAAGGGAGCGAAAGCUAUCGUCGCUACUUCUUCGCCAAGGACCAGGAGAUCUCUCCAUGGCAUGACUUGCCCUUGAGCUCCGAGGUCGAGGGCGAGUACUUCAUGGUUACUGAGAUCCCAAAGAACACAAAGCCCAAGAUGGAGAUUGCCACCAAGGAAUCCAUGAACCCCAUUGCUCAAGACACCAAGAAAGGAAAGCUACGAGAGUAUCACGGCCCCAUCUAUUGGAACUAUGGCUACCUACCCCAGACCUGGGAGGAUCCCCAAGCAGAACAUCCUGAGCUCAAGGUCAAGGGUGACAAUGAUCCGGUAGAUGUGGUGGAGAUCGGCUCUCGAGCGCAUGAGCAAGGUGAGAUUGUCAAGGUGAAGGACUGGAAGAUCCUAGCCAUCGCGACCGAUGACCCCAUGGCCGCCGAGCUGUCUUCCUUGAAGGAUGUGGAAACCAAGCUACCGGGGUAUAUCUCCGGGAUCCGCGAGUGGUUCCGUUGGUACAAGUUGCCCGAUGGGAAGCCGCUCAACAGCUUCGGAUUCGGCGAGCAGCCGCUGGAUGCUCCAGAGGCCAUCAAGGUGAUUGAGGAGACGCAUGGCUUCUGGAAGAAGUUGCGAGAGAAGGGCGACAGCAACCUGUGGGUGGGCUGAGGCUUUCGAGAGUAUAUACUUGAAUUUUGCAGUGGAUAAGGAGUCCAGGUAGUUCUUAAAGGAACAGCAUUUCCAAGUCUUGCGAACGGAAUCUGUGGAAGAGGAGGUCGAUUAGUGGAUUCAUGUGGAGGUGUUCAGCCAGACAUCUUGUUUGUCCAAGGUGCCACCAGGAGCUCCAAAAAGUCAGACAAAGGGUUUGGGGGUCAAAGAGACUCCCACCAUGGUGGGUGGAGGUUCCCAUUUCUUCCGUGAACCAUUCUUUGGGUUUUUAAUUUGAAGACGUUCACCAGCCACUUGACAGAUCCCCGAAGAAGGCUAGUGGCUGC